GGCGGCCGGGGCGGGGCGGGGCGGCCCCAGGCGGGCUUAGCGCACCGGACAACACUAACGCCCGGGCCAGCAAAUCUUUUGUCCGGGGCGGCGCUGACCCAGCAGGGCGCCGCCCGCUUAUAAAGGGGCCUGCAGCCCGAGGGGCGGGGACACCAUGGCGCAGUGCUCCGGCAAGAUCACCUUCUAUGAAGGCAAGCACUUCACGGGACGGAAACUCGAGGUCUAUGGGGACUGUGACAACUUCCAGGACCGAGGCUUUAUGAACCGGGUGAACUCCAUCCGCGUGGAGAGCGGAGCCUGGGUCUGCUACGAUCACCCCGACUUCCGGGGCCAACAGUUCAUCCUGGAGCACGGCAACUACCCUGACUUCCUCUGCUGGAACGGCCACAACGACCACAUGGGGUCCUGCCGGCCCGUGGGGAUGCAUGGGGAGAAUUUCCGCAUGGAGAUCUUCGAGGGGUGCAACUUCACCGGCCAGUGCCUGGAGUUUCAGGACGACUGUCCCUUCCUGCAGAGCCGGGGCUGGGCCAAGAACUGUGUCAACGCCGUCAAGGUGUAUGGGGACGGCGCAAAUGUUUGUCCUCAGUUGAAGGCCUCUGGGAAUCCGGGGGUAGAAUUCCAGAACAACAGUUUGCCUGGAAAACGACCGGCUAAAUUAUGUCUCGUGAGGCCAGAGUCAUACCUUUGCGUGGAAGGUGUCCUGAGACCCCAGCCACAGUCCCCCAACACCCACCCUGGGAAGACUCCAGGGGCCUCUUUAGGAAAAGGGGGCGGGGGAGGGUGGGAGCUAAGAGUUUUGAGUGCAGGGGCCCGGGGUCUCCCGGAGCUCCUGCUUACUCAGCGGCUGUGUAUGGCCAGCCCCACAUCUCACCCAGGGCUCUGCUCUCCUCCCUACGGGGGUUCACCCUUUGCUCCGGUGACUACCUUUAAAAAAAAAAAAAAAGUAAGCCCUUGGCCAGGGUGAUGGCCUGGACCACCGGGUCUGGGGGUGGUGACCUCCGUCAAGCCCUUUCCUGGGGUCUGAUGGGGAGCCUCCAGGCAGGUCUCCCUACUACCUCCCAGACACCAGCCGCGGUGUUCCGCUGGUUCCCGAGUCAGCUCAGGAUCGACCUGUCCCCACAGACACAGGUUCUGGGGGGCAUUUGGAGGGAAAUGUGCCAGGUCACUCUCCCUACUUCCUGCUACCCCCCAAAGAGCACAGUCCCUGCUGUGGAUGGGCCAUGCCCCCUCCUCCCUCCCUCUUCAUGCCUGGUCCCCAAAGUCACAGCAGGAAGCCCGGGAGACAUUUACUGCAGAGGCCCAGCCUGUCCUUCCUCUUCUUCCUUUUGGGGACUCCUGCAUAUACGCCCCGAAACCUUGGGCCUGAGCCACCCACGGGCAUGAGGAGGGGGAGGA